CCCACACACACACACUCUCUCACAUAUACGUGCAAAGAACAACACACACACACACACACACACACACUCACACACAUACUCACUCACCCACUCCUCUGAGGAGGCAGGACAUAUGCCUAGACACAGGUGACACAGGUGAACCCAAGUUAUAAGCCAGUAGGGGAAGAAAGACCACACACACAGCAGCAGCAGCAGCAGCAGCAGCGGCGGCAGCAGCGGCAGCGACAGCACUGGUAUUUUCAUGUUCACAGUGUGCUAUCAGGAUGAAUUGGGAAUAUUUCGGAUUGUCCUUUCUGCGCAAUGGGCCAAGCAAUGAAACUAGCGAGCCAUUGGCCGUCAACAAUCCAGCGGACAUCUCCGUCAUUGUGGUGUACUUUAUAGUGGUCUUGGCAGUGGGAAUAUGGGCUAUGCUGAGCACCAGUCGAGGGACCGUGGGAGGCUUCUUCCUGGCGGGGAGAAGUAUGGUGUGGUGGCCGAUAGGGGCAUCUUUGUUUGCCAGUAACAUUGGUAGCGGGCACUUCGUGGGCAUUGCUGGGACGGCUGCUGCUACUGGAAUUGCUAUUGGAGGAUUUGAAUGGAAUGCCCUUGUGAUUGUCAUCGUCCUGGGAUGGCUCUUUGUUCCUAUUUACAUCAAGGCUGGGGUGGUGACCAUGCCGGAGUAUCUGAAGAAGCGAUUCGGGGGCCAGCGCAUCCGUAUCUACCUCUCUGUGCUGUCCCUUGUGCUCUACGUCUUCACCAAGAUCUCAGCAGACAUGUUUGCAGGGGCCAUCUUCAUCAACCAGGCUCUGGGUCUGAACAUUUACCUGGCCGUGGUCCUGCUGCUCCUGAUCACGGCUCUCUACACUGUCACAGGUGGCCUUGCUGCUGUCAUCUACACUGACACCCUGCAGACUGUUAUCAUGGUGGUGGGGUCAUUCAUCCUUAUGGGGUUUGCUUUCAAUGAAGUGGGUGGCUACAACAACUUCCAGCAGAGGUACAUGAACGCCAUCCCAUCCAUCGUGGGCAUGAACAUCAGCGAGGAGUGCUACACACCGCGACCCGACUCCUUCCACAUCUUCAGGGACGCGGUGACGGGAGACCUGCCCUGGCCUGGUCUCGUGUUCGGGCUCACCAUCCAGGCAGGCUGGUAUUGGUGCACAGAUCAGGUGAUUGUGCAGCGCUGCCUCUCUGCUAAGAGUCUGUCCCACGUGAAGGCCGGCUGCAUCCUGUGCGGCUACCUGAAGCUGCUGCCCAUGUUCCUUAUGGUGUUCCCUGGCAUGAUCAGCAGGGUGCUCUACACAGGUGAGCCAAAGAGAGAGGGGGGAGGGCUAUUAGCUUACACACUGGUGUGUGUGUGUGUGUGUGAAUUUAUUCACUUACAUGUAUUUGUCUGUUCUCCUGCAGAUGUUAUAGCUUGUGUGGAUCCUGACGAAUGUACUAAGUACUGUGGAGCCAGUGUUGGUUGCUCCAAUAUCGCCUACCCCAAACUGGUGGUGGACCUCAUGCCUAAUGGUCUGAGAGGCCUCAUGCUCUCUGUCAUGAUGGCGUCUCUGAUGUCAUCACUCACCUCCAUCUUUAACUCGGCCAGCACGCUCUUCACCAUGGACAUCUACACCAAGAUCCGCCGCCGCGCUUCAGAGAAGGAGCUCAUGCUCGCCGGCAGGGUGUUCAUGCUGUUCCUGAUAGGAGUGAGCAUUGCCUGGAUUCCUAUCGUCCAAUCGGCACAGAGUGGGAAGCUUUUCGACUACAUCCAGUCCAUCACGUCUUUCCUGGCUCCGCCCAUCGCUGCUGUGUUUGCCCUCGCCAUCUUCUGUAAGCGGGUCAAUGAGCCGGGAGCCUUCUAUGGCCUGAUGCUGGGCCUGUGUGUGGGCCUGUCCCGGAUGAUCGCCGAGUUCGCCUACGGCACAGGGAGCUGUGCCAUCCCGGGCUUCUGCCCCACCAUCAUCUGCGGCGUGCACUACCUCUACUUCUCCAUCAUCCUCUUCACCAUAUCAUGCCUCCUCAUCAUCGGCAUCUCCCUCAUGACCAAGCCCAUCCCUGAUGAGAACCUUUAUCGCCUCUGCUGGAGCCUCCGCAACAACACAGAGAAGAGGAUCGACCUGGAGGCGGAGGACUGGACAGACCAGCAGGAUGACAGCUCCAUGGGGGUGGAAGAGCCCGAGGAUGAGCCUGGCUUCUGUAAGAAGGCCUACAACUGGUUCUGCGGCUUUGAGCAGAAGAAGGGCCCACGACUGAGCGCAGAGGAGCAGGAGGAGCUGCAGAAGAAGCUGACUGACACCACGGAAGUUCCACUGUGGAGGAACGUGGUGAACGCCAACGCCCUCAUCCUCCUGUGUGUCUGCGUCUUCUUCCAUGGUUUCUACGGUUAGCGAGCGUGGCCCGAAUGUUUACACAGGAGUACGUACAGAUUGACGCAUUCAUUGACACAAAUACACACAUUUACACACACAAGCGCGCACACACACACACAAACACUCACAAACACACACACACACACACACACACACACACACACACACACACACACACACACACACACACAAACACACAUUCUCAAGCAUACUCUAUAAACAUCAAAGAUCUAGAUGCUAGACUGAAAUAAAGAUGACCAGGACACUGUAAAUGCUCUUAUCUAGACUAGAAAUAUAAUAUUGACAAGUCUGACUUCUUAUGAUUUCCUAUUUAAAGCACUUAAGACGGCUGGGAUUUUGUUUUGCUACCUUUCAUAUCCAUGGCUCGUUCCCUGAUUUAAAAGACAGUCUCAUCCUCCACCACUUCCAUCCAUCAUUGUGCACAUCACUGUAUGCUGACUGAAAAAAAUCAAAUCUGCAAUUCCAAACGAAUGUUGGUCCUGAACUAAACUUUUUUCCCCCCGACAUUGAACUCAAUCUAAUCUGAGUCCACAUGGCCUACCAGCACACAGGUGUGCCCAACUGUGAAUGGCAUACUGUUUCUUUCUCUUUCUGCCAUAUCUUAAAUACCUGUCAGCGGCCAUAAUAGGCCACAGAUUUACGUAUACGUUUGUCAACAUAAAUGAAUGUCAGUCCAUGCUUACAGUUCUUAUGGUUCUAGUUCUAGAUUAAUGACUCAGACUAUUAUUUUAUCAAAGGUUAAACACUGAGGUGAUAUACUGCUUAUCUUGUGAUAAGGGGACCUUAUGACGAAGCUCUUUUGAAAGAGCUUUUACAAUGCAUAGUUACUGGUAUUAAAAUAUUAAUGUUGGACAUGGUGGUUGGUUGGGUGUUGAAAUUACUGUAUUAUUGUCCUUUAUAAUUGCACUACUUUAUCCUAUGUAUAAAGUUUUAUAAAUAAACUGAAUUUGAAUAAUUAAA